GAAUCAAAGAAAGAAUGGGGGAUGAAGGAGAAGGAGGAGGAGAAGGAGGAGGAGAAGAGAGAAAUAUGGAGCAAUGGAAUAGGUUGGAUGGGAACGUAGUGAUGGUGACGGGGGCAUCUUCGGGGCUGGGGCAUGAGUUCUGCUUGAAUCUUGCCAUGGCAGGUUGCAAUGUUAUCGCCGCCGCUCGUAGAAAAGAUCGAUUAAAGUCUCUCUGUGACCAAAUCAACCAAAAGUCGAAUACUUCAUCUGCAGAAAUUAGAGCUGUUGCGGUAGAGCUCGACUUAAGCGCUGCAGAGGCUGUAAUCGACGCGUCUGUGCAGAUUGCCUGGGAAGCCUUUGGCCGGAUCGAUGCCUUAGUCAACUCCGCCGGCGUUAGAGGUACUGUGAAUUCCCCAUUGGAUUUGUCUGAAGAGGAAUGGAAUAGUACUAUCAAAACUAACCUAACAGGUUCCUGGCUAGUAACAAAGGCUGUCGGCCGGCGUAUUCGCAAAAAUGGCCUGAAAGGAUCAGUUGUAUUUAUUACAUCUAUCGGCGGAAUCCAGCGUGGGGAGUUACCUGGAGGUACUGCCUAUGUUGCAUCGAAGGCUGGCCUAAUUUCCAUGACCAAGAUCAUGGCAAUAGAGUUAGGGCCACUCAAGAUAAGAGUGAAUGCAAUAGCUCCUGGAUUAUUCAAGUCAGAAAUCACACAAGGGCUUUUGCAGAAAGAUUGGCUUAACAAUGUGGCUUUAAGGACUGUACCUCUAAGAAAAUUUGGCACAAUUGAUCCAGCAUUGACAUCACUUAUUCGAUUUUUGAUCCAUGAAUCCUCCAGUUAUGUCUCAGGCAAUGUGUUUAUUGUUGACUCAGGGAACACUUUACCUGGUUUUCCCAUUUUCUCUUCCCUCUAGUACUGAGUUUCUCCCUCCCCUCCCUUUCUCU